CCGCACAACACGUGCGCCCACCUCUCUCUCGUAGCAACCGCGUUCAAUACAUACCAGAGGAAUUUGAGAAAAAGUUCCUGUCGUUUUGUUAACAAUCAAUUAUGGUCACAAAAAAGCGACCAAUAAAGCGCAGCGCUGAGGUGGCUGCAAUUGACAAAGGCAAUGAGAGCGAAGAUAGCAAUGGUGCAUCACAGGCCAAGGUGCCAAAGGAGUUGCUUGUGAUUGCGCAGGAGGUGAAAAUCGUGCGUGCAUUGGCCUGCAAUGACUUAACAAAGCGAAAUCGUCAGAUCCGCAAAUUGCGAAAAUGGUUCCAGCUGCGAGCGGCAAGUUCGUUUCCCUUCACCGAGGACGAUUUCAUGCGGAUUUGGAAAGGAUUGUACUACAACGUAUGGAUGUCGGACAAGCCGCUUGUGCAAGAGGAGCUAGCCGAGCAGCUGGCUCAAAUGAUAGACAGCUUUGGAGGCAACACUGCCUGCAGUCUGGCGUACUUCAGCGCCUUUAUGCGCACUAUGUGCCAGGAGUGGUUUGGCAUUGAUCAGUGGCGAAUGGAUAAAUUUUUGAUGCUUGUACGUCGUAUGCUGCGCUACAUGCUACGCCUGCUCAAGAAAAGCAAAUGGGACAAGGAUCUGAUAGAGGCAUUUAAUAAAAGCAUGAAUGAGUCGGUGCUUGCGGCGCAGCCAAAGUCUCGUGGGAUUACUAUGCACUACAUGGAUGUGUUCUUCGAGGAGCUGGCCAAGGCAGCCAAUGAGGAGAUCACCGCCGAACAGGUUAAUCUUUUCCUGCGCCCGUUUGUACACUAUGUGGGUACACAGCGGGACGCCAAAUUAGUGUCGCAGUGCCGCACGCGCGUCCUCUAUCACUUGCUCUACCAGAGUGAACUGGGUAGAGAAUAUAGCGAGAAAUACAAGGCAUGGAAAGAGAUGGGUUUUCCCAGCAGCUCCAUAGACGAUGUGGAGAAGAUGGACUCUGGCUUCGAUGAGGAGGAGGAAGAGGAUGAGGAGGAGCAGCAGCAAGAAACCCCCACUCUUGAUCCACGUGCAGGAAACGUAGAUGUCCUGAUGCCAGAACUACCGCUAAAUGCCGACUGUGUGCUGGACGAGCUUCAGACACUGCUCCGCACGCAGGACUACAACAGCAAGCGGCGCAAGGGACUGCGUAAGCUAGUCCACAUUUUUGAGACGUAUGCAAGCGGCGAAUUUCCAUUGGGUGUGCGUAACAUGCCCAAGCCCGAGGGCACACCAUUUGCAGAGCUCGUGGAGCAGAAGAUCCGUGAGGCUGAUGAGUUUGAGGAGUCGAACUUUGGCACUGUGCGCAGUCUCAAAAAGCUAAGCAAAUCCAAGCGAAAGCGUCUUCUCAAGUCUAUCAACUUCGAUGAGGUAGAUGAGGACAACUUUGACGAUGUCAUCAAGAAAGCAUUGUCACCCAAACUACAGAAGCAAGUCGAGCACAAUGAGAAGGUACGCUCCAGCAUUAAUAAUGCCUGGGUGGUGGAGGAGGUAGAUGCAACCGAGCAGACUACGACAACGACUACGGUAGUGGAAGAUAAGCCAGUGCUAAACAAGGUUAAGAAAGUCACUAAGGAGAAGGAUGAGCAGCCCAAGCAAAAGGUCAAACAGCAGUCCAAGCCAAUAUCCAAUGAUCAGUCCAAGGGGCAAUCGAAACAGCAGCCCAAGGCUCAGUCCAAGGAGCAGGCCAAGCAGCCGGCCACUGAGAAGCCAAAAGUACCACAACCCGAACAGGAAUCUACCACAGAGGGAGAAACUAAAGCAGCUGAAUCCACGACGAAGUCAAACAACGGCUGGGACGCACCCUUGGAGGAUGGCGAAAGGGAUUACUUUGUGCCAUCGCGCAAAGUGCAACUGAAGCAAGCCAACAGCAAGCUCUUGAUGAAUCCGCUCGCUGUCCAAGGAACUCCCAAGAAUCCAGCACAACGGCUGAAACUAGCAGCAGCGCCGCAGACGGGAAGCGGCAGCAAGCGAGUCCGCAUCAUGACGAAGUGCAACAGCGCCUACCCCAAGAGCGACUACUAUCGACAGUUGAAGCUAUCGCCGCAGCUGCCCUACGAUGCGAACCGGCAGCCCGGCAAAAGCGCUCUCAAGCCGCACGUGCUGCCCGGCCCCAUUCAUCCCAACUUCACGAAAAGCAAACGUCUGUUCAACGAUACGCUGUGACGUUGCUUGAGCUGGCUGGGACUGACGCAGGACUGAAUGAGCUGACCAACCGGGACACAUACCAGCCCCAUCCCAUGAGAGAUUCGUGUGGGCCCACCCUAGCGGAUGAUAAGUUCGAGCAUCGACUUAGCAUAGUUAAUACGCCAUUAUGUGCAUCAGAUAUUUUUUCAUAAUAUACCCUAUAUAUAGUAU